AUGCCGUUUGGGGUGACGAAUGCGCCAGCUAUAUUCAUGGACUACAUGAAUAGGAUAUUUCGGCCGUAUCUAGAUCAGUUUGUUGUUGUAUUUAUAGACAACAUACUGAUAUAUUCUGAGAAUAAAGAAGAACACGCAGAUCAUCUGCGAAUGGUAUUAGAGGUACUCAGGGAGCAUAAGCUUUAUGGGAAGUUAUCAAAGUGUGAGUUUUGGCUCGAUGAGGUGCAGUUCUUGGGCCAUGUAAUCUCAGCUCAAGGAAUCUCGGUGGACCCAGCAAAGAUUGAAACGAUGUUGAAGUGGGAAACUGUGACUGAGGUGAGAAGCUUCUUGGGCCUGGCAGGGUAUUACAGGCGCUUUGUGGAAGGGUUCUCCAAGAUGGUGAGUCCAUUGACUCAACUCACCAAGAAGGACCAACCUUUUUCUUGGACAGACGAGUGCGAGGUCUGUUUUGAGGAUAUGAAGAGAAGAUUGACCACUGCACCAAUCUUAGCUAUCCCAAAUACAGCCAAGAUGUUUGAGGUGUACUACGAUGCUUCAUACUAG